GGAAAAAUGAACCCUUAAGAUCAUUAAAAUCAGUUUUCAUAAAACUAUAGACCUGUAUAAAUUUACCCUUCUUUCAUAAAUUCAAUGCCUUGGCAAUAUCCAAUUCCACAUGCUUACUCCUACAAUCCUCAUCAUCUAAUGUAUUAUCAAAGAUAAUUUCCUUCUGUAAUGGUGCCAGAUCUCCAACAUAAUCAAAAGCAAUAAUAGCAAAAAGAAGUUAUAACAAUUUCGAGUGAUGAAGAGAAAGUCCCUAAAAAACCUUAGGAACAAGCACCUAAACCUGUUGUAUAAGCACCUGUUCAACCCAAAAAACAGCCAAAGAUCUUGGACUUAGAUUAGUUGGAAAGUUAAGGAAAGGUGUAUGAUUACGAAUCUUCUGACUCUCCUUAACUUCCUAGAAGAGUCUCAAAAAGUUUGAAUUUUCAGAAGACUAUGCGAUAAAUGCAUUAUGAAUCAUUUUAAUCACCAAAACAAAAGAAGAAGCCAAUUAAAAAUCGUAAGGAACCUAGUCGCAUCCAACCUAAAUUAACAAAACAAGUUCAAAUAGGAAGAUAGCGCCAACUUAUUGCAUUCCCUUAAUCAAGUCUAAAAACGCGUUUAAUCAGGGUUUACACUAAAAAUGAAGAGAAAUGUACUUAAUAUAUUUUAUAUGAGACAGUUUAGAAAUUACUUAAUAUCCUCUUAUAGAAUUUUCCAAAUGCUAAUGAUGAGGAUGUUGUAAGAAUACUUAACUUUACUGGUAAAUCUUAUGAAAAAGCUAUCAACUUCGUUCAGGAAAAUGGGUUUCUAGUACAAUAUUUGAUUGAGAGUAACACUUAUUUAAAAUAUUUUUUUAGCUUAUUAGAACAAUGUCUUAUCAAGUGAUCAAGAAUCAACAAAUAAAAAGUGAAUUUGAACAUAUAAAAUUAUUAUUUAUUUUAGUAGUUUUUUAAAUGGAAUUUUAAAUUGAUAUGUUCCUGAAUUUAUUAUUUAAAUUAAUUUAUUACGUCAUUCAUAUUCUUUUUUAAAUUUUACAUAAAAAUUUUUGAGAUUUUUUAGAAUUAUAUUUAUCUUGUUUAUAAACAAUUUUUUAAUUAGAAUUUACUAUUCU